AUGAAUGAAACCAGUUCAAAGUGGCCAUCAAAGAGCAGUAUUCUAGAAACGCCUGAGCGUAAACGUUAUCGUUUAUCAACGAGUUUCGCCGACUCUGGGCUUGGCUCAUCAAUAUUCGGCUCACCGCCAGCCGAACAGAUAAGUGGCAGCACGAAUACAUCACCCUUGCUACGUACACCAACGACGAAGACAAAUGGCUCGAGGAGUGGUUCUGAAUCGACGCCUUCUCCAUUGCGAUCGUUUAUUCAUAUUUCUUCAUAUAGUUCGUCAUUUUCGUCACCUGAACUACGAGCUUCGCCAUCCGACCGCAAUUUGAGACUAUCGAAUCCAGCAAACGCUAUUGGAUUUCGAUUCAGUGGCGGUGCAUUCAUGAAAGCAACAAGCAGCGAUUUGGAUUCAUCAUCAGUACAUCAAGGACGAUCGCUGACUGAUGAACGAGAACGAACAUCAACUUGCUGUGCACGUCCGAUCAAUCGUUCUCUUCAACUAUCACCUGCAACCACUUCGUACUGUGUGAAAGACGAGAAUAAUGUGGGUGCUGAGGAAGCAAAUGCUGAUGUGACAAUUCCAUAUGCACAACCCGAAACACCAAGUAAAGGAUUUGGCGUGGAGAUGUUGGAGCGAAGAAUUCUCGCAGUGGAUGAUGCAUUCAGAAGUGUGACGACAUCAACGCCGUUGAGAGAGGUUGAAUUCACCUCUGUUCGUAUUCCGUCAAUCGAUAGCAGUGAUAUUUAUCGUGUACCCGAACAAGCGAAUGGACCUCUUGAAAGCAGCAUUUGUGACCAUGAUUCAUUGCAAAUAGAUUCGAGUGCUACAGAGUACGGUCCUUUGCAAUCUCAGCAAGUGGCUACAAUUUAUUCAUCACAAUGUUCCCCUUUCAUUCGAUCACCACUCAAAACGUUCUCCUCCUAUCAGCAAUGUGCAGUCAGCUCUAGUGAACAAAUGUUAAGCGCCUCCAAUUCGCUGGCGGUUAGAGUAGAUGCCAAUUCGCAGGUGUGUAAGCCUGAAUUAGAGGACCAACCUCUCUCCGAGAAUGCAGCAAUCUUUAGAACACCAAAAAGGCGUCCGAAACCGUAUUCGAGAGGUUGGAUGCAAAUUGCUUGUGGUCGAACUGCAGCGCAGCUCAGAAUGACUCGACUUGCGCGUGAAUUUUUGAAUUCACAACAACCACUUACUCGGUCGUCAUCUUCGUUAACGGACGUCGAUGAAGUGAAAUUGCACAUUCUCUCCUAA